CCUCCUCAAAGCCUUCCCCAGACUCCAGGACUGGCUCAGGUUCCUCCCCAACCCUCCUUACUGUCCAACUCUUCUGCCAUCUCUACUGGCCACUGGUGGGCCACAACAUUCCCUUCGGCAGAAGUCCCACCAAGUUUUAAAGACCCAGAUAUUUGUAUCUCUACAUGAUCCAGGGAUACACGUUCUCUAGAAAGCUUGGUGAUGGAACGGCACAAGGAGGGUGGGAAGGAGAAAUUGGACUCAUUGAGAGCAACCGUUGUUAGUUUUCUCUUUCUUCCAACUACUUGCAAAGAGAAGAGAUUCUUUAAACUCGUCCUGUCUUUUUCAGAAGAAACUGCUUUUCGGAAAAAGAGGUUGUGCAUUAAAUUUAUUCCCCGGGAUUCUACAGAGGCCGCCAUUUGUGAUAUCCGCAUCCUUGGCCGAGGCAAACAAACUCUUCCACAGUUUACGUACAUUGGGGAAUUGAACAACAUGGGGAUCUGGUAUCGAAUGGGGAAGGUCCCACGGAACCACGAAUCAUCUCAGCCUACCACACCUUCUCCACAAGCACCAGCCACCACGCCAGCUGCCAACCUUCCCAGACAUAUAUCGUUGACGCUUCCCGCCAGUUUCCGAGGGAAGGGGAAUGGCACUCGGCCAGAUUUUGAAUAUCAGCACUCCAAUUUAUAUGCCAUUUCAG